ACGUCCAAAUCGCUUACGCCUGACGUGGGCAUAUUCGACGUCGAUUUGUUCGACACUAGCAACACUACCAUUGCCGCCCUCAAGAAGCAGAGCAAGAAGGUCAUCUGCUACUUCAGCGCUGGUUCCUACGAGCCCAAUCGAUCCGACUCUAAGGAUUUCAAGUCAAGCGAUCUGGGUAAGGUUAUGGAUGGCUGGCCAGAUGAAAAGUGGUUGGAUAUUCGGACCGCGAAUGUCAAGAGCAUCAUGUUGAAGCGUAUCCAGCUGGCCGCGGAUAAAGGUUGCGAUGGAAUCGACCCCGACAAUGUAGAUGGCUUUGACAACGAUAAUGGGUUCAGCCUCAAAGCCUCUGAUGCGACCACGUUCGUCAAAUACCUCGCCGGCAUCGCCAAGUCCAAGAACCUAGCCAUCGGUCUGAAGAACGCUCUCGAAAUCAUCCCCGACGUAGUCGAUUCGAUCCAGUUUGCUGUAAACGAGCAAUGCCACCAAUACGACGAAUGCGACGUCUAUUUUGAUCUGACCAACCAGGGCAAGCCUGUGUUCAAUGUCGAGUAUCCGGACUCCGCACCAAACGUUACUGCGAGCGAAAGAAAGAAGCUCUGUGCAGCAUAUGACGGUGUCACACUGUCUACUACGCUGAAGACGUUAGACCUUGAUGGGUGGGUCGAGUUUUGCGACGAAACCAAGGCAACGACUAGCAUUCUCUGA